ACACAUUAAUGACUGAAGCACCGCAGGUGAGGAGCCUGCAGGAGCAUAUGGGAGGUGCCAGGGGAGCAAAAGAGAGCGCCCAAAGCAGAUGGGGAGAAGAUGACGACACACUCAAUAUGUGUGUGGGUGUGUGAGAGGGAAAGAGAGAAGGCAAUGUGUAGAGAGACUCACACCGCCUCCACCAUUAUACACCUGUCAGAGCAGGUGGAGACACUGACAGCUGAUACCUGAACCUGGAGGUCUAGCUGGAGGGAUCCUCUUUAACUCAGUGGAGUGUUUUUUGUUUCUUUUUAAUUUAUUUUUUCUUCUUUGAAGCCGUCAGGGUUUUGAAUGAAUCUGUUUUGUCAUAUUUUUUUUACUUUUCUGAACUAUUUGAAGAUCGAGAUUUGCCGGUGCCUCCAGCUGAUGUAGGGAUUCGAUUUUUCAUCAAAACCUUUUGAGAACUCUUAAGGACUCUAUUAUUGUUGCACCUGCGUCUGUGAGAGCUCAGUCAUGGCAGACUUCCCAUCCAAAGUUACCACAGAGACCAGCGUCCCUAACUCCCAGAACUCCCACGGUGGGAACAGCAUCCGAGGGCUGGCUGGAAGUGUAUCCUCCAGGGUGGACUUUUCAUUUAUUCGAAGCAUCCCAGCUAUGCUGAUGAUUGCUGAAAUUGUUUUUGGGCUGCUCCACUGGGCGCUGAUAGCAGGCACCUCUAUAGUGGGAGGAGCAUAUGGCUGGGUAUUGUUUGUCGCCAUCACUCUGUGGAUCCUCACCACCGUCCUCUUCUUCAUCAUCCUGUUUGGUGUCACACAAAAAUUGCCCGCCGUCCCAUGGCCCCUGACGGUGAUGGUGUAUUUUAGUGCAGCCACAGUCCUCUAUCUCACUGCUUUCAUCACCAACGCAGCUUAUGUGGCUCCCUACCACCGGCUCUAUAUCUAUGGACAUUUGGCAGCUGCUGCAUUCUUUGGUGCUGCGGUGACCUUGGUGUACGGGGCCAGUGCUUUCUUCUCCUACUUUGACUGGAAGGGGGACGGAGGAAACGCUGCCACCAACACAGUGCCGACUUAAGGCUGUGCAGCCAGCGGUGCUACUCCCAGGAACAAAGCUCACAAAACUCAAAUCCUGACUGAGGCAAACCCCGACAUUAACCACGAGAUGAAAUCUGUUCCAGGUGGUUGUUUAAUGUUUUAGCCAUCCCAGUAAUACAGUAAAUAUACUGUACUACUACUUAUAAUAAUAAUAAUAAAUGUAAUAAUCCUAGAUUGCAUUAAAAAAUAUAAAGUUAUAAAUUUCAGUAAUCUGAAAACGUGAGUAGCAUUAAAAGUAAAAUAAGCACAGGCUGCAUGUGCCAACUACAGUGGAGGGUUAUUGGGUUAGUCUGAGAUCACCAUUGGAAAAACCUGUUAGCUAAAGGAGGACUGCAGAUUUCAACCUCCAGCUUUGGACGUUAGGCACUUCUCUUAAGUACUGUCUGCUGCAUUAUGCAUCUAUCAACGAGAACAUGAGGAUGAAACCACUGAAAGUUAGCUUCAGUUUGUGUUUACUGGGCCUAA